UUGAUAACCUCUUCAAACAUAUUUUUCUUCAUUGCUUUGAAAUCGAAAUCAUAGAUAUCUACAAAAUUUUGAUUUUAUUAAUAUGGAACAGUAUAUUAUAAUAUAAUAUUUUGAAUUAAAAUGUAAUAUUUAUUCGUGGUGAUCUAUUCGUGAUUUUUCUGAAUAUAGAAAAGUAUAUUUAUUAAAUAGAUCAUCAUUGGAAAUACUAAAUAUGAAAUAAACUGAUACAGAACUUAUCUUUAACAACGAACAAUUAAUAUAAUCUAUAUUCAAUGAAACUCGAUUAAUAGAUUCGAACACAAUACAAAAAUAGUAGUAUAAAGCAAGUGAUAAAUUAAUCGACUAUUAAUCGAGUUAAAUCGAGUAUAAUCGAUUCAUAGUUUUCAUUGAAAUCGCCACUAGAAUGCGCUCUUGAAGUUUAGAUAAUUUACGCGUGAUGUACAGUGAAUGUUGUGUUUGAAGAGGUUACACAGUUUAGCUAUCACAAUAUAGAAAUUCGUGAAUAUGUCGGUAUGUUACUCGAGGUUUCUUGUGAAUGUUGAAAUGUUUCUUGAAAAUGGUGUAUAGACGCUAUCGAGAUCCUGGAGUUUUUUUAGAACAAUGGUGCCACGGUUCGGAUACAUCGAGUUCUACUAUUAUGUAAGAGCGGAAACAACGUUUAAGGAUCUAUUUAACAGUACCUCGUGUGCAAAACCACCCUAUGAAUGUCCACAUCCACAGAUUGAAUUUUAUUUGUAUACCAGAGAAACACAGAAGAAACCUUUACGCAUAGACGUUCGUAAAUUUGAUUCACUUUAUUAUUCCAAAUUUAAUAAGUCGCAUCCUACGAAAAUCAUUAUUCACGGUUUUGGAGGAGGAAGGAAUUUAAUACCAAGUCCGGAUCUUCGAAAAGCAUAUUUCACGCGAGGCAAUUACAAUAUUAUAAUCGUCGAUUAUGGUACGUUAGUACGCGAGCCCUGUUUGUCGCAAAUACAAUGGGGCCCAGAUUUCUGUUCACGAUGUAUUGCUCAAUUGGUAAGGUACUUGAGGGAUCAUCCUCGAGGAACAAGGGUGGAGAACAUACAUGUACUUGGAUACAGCGUGGGCGCACAUAUAGCUGGACUGAUAGCGAAUUAUUUGCCCGAUGAUAAGCUUGGAAGAAUUACAGGACUCGAUCCCACGAUAUUUUUCUACAUGAAUGGAAAUCGAUCGAUGGAUUUGGACGAGACGGACGCGCAUUUCGUCGAUGUAAUUCACACUGGUGCUGGAAUUUUGGGUCAAUGGGGACCAACCGGUCAUGCAGAUUUUUAUGUGAACGGAGGCUCCAGCCAACCCGGAUGCGCGACAUAUUCCUUACUCCAGACGCUGUCGUGCGAUCACACAAAAGUGACGCCUUAUUACAUAGAAUCAAUCACGACGAAAGUAGGAUUCUGGGCAGCCCCGUGCGGAAAUCUUUUUUCCUACCUGAUCGGCUGGUGCAACCCGAAAUUCGAGGAAUACAUACUGAUGGGAGAAGACGCUCCACAUACAGCACGAGGCAUCUACUAUCUCUCAACAAACGCACACAAACCAUACGCCCGCGGCCUUCCCGUAAAAAACCAACGAACGACAAAUCGGAAACGAUCGUCCUCCCACCAGUAUUGAGCUUAUUGAAGCAACUAAUUAAUAUAAUUAUAGAAUAAUUGCAGUACAAGUAUUUGUUAUUUUUGUAUGGAUUGUACGGCGUGUUACGUUUGAAUCUGUUGUUUCUUUAUAUAUUUUUUAAUUAAUAUUUACGUAAUAAACUAUUUUGCUAGGCAA